AAAUAACUUUACCACGUUCUGCAGAAUAAAGCUGCCCCUGUGCUCUGUUUCAGCUACCGAGGGGCCAUUUGAUGUAUGUAUCAAAUACAGAAACAACUGUUUAUAUAGAGAAUAUUUGAUAUUCUCUUAAAACUUUCAAGCCAUGUCGAGGCCUGUGGAAUUUCUUAGGCAUGACUUCACGUACAUUGUGUAAUAUUUUGUUUCUCCGGUGAGUUUGGAUUAUUUGAGUGGAAGUCGGAAUAAGUGUUUGCAUUGUGACCGCGCUCAUUGCGUGUGUCGGGGACAAAACCAGCUGUAAUUCAAUGAGUGGAAGGAUUUAUAGAUGAGCCAGUGAGAUUGUGCAGCCAAACACACGAGGUUUAAUUUUGUUUUCUAAAAUAAAAAUGUGUCAAUAUUUUACAUCCUUCUUAAUGUACCGGUGAAGGUCUAAACAGCUUAGGUUCAAAUGAGAAAUUUCCUCCAAUAGCUUCCUGUUUGGGUAUGGGCCUGAGGAGAUAUGAAGUUUGUAAGUUUUAACAAGAAGGCCGUGAUUAGAUGCAGCAAAGGAAAAAGCAAUGGGUGUGGGAGAAACAGCGGCCACAACAGCGUGAAGUUACGACAUAUAUCUGUCGACAAGCUCUGUGUUCACAGUUAAAAUGCUCAGGAAGCUAGUUUAAACGAAAAAAAGAGAAAAUAUAUCUAUUUAUGAUAUCACACUCACGGACUAUCACUGGAUUUAUUUUUACACAUAAAGGAAGAAUAUGUAAUUCGACGGAAAUAUGUUUUUUGUGUAUUCAUUGUUGUUUGGAUGAUUUGACUACAUUUGAUGAUUCUUGGAUGAUUUGACGACAUUCGAUGAUUAUUGGAUAAUUUGAUGACGUUCGAUGAUUGUUGGAUGAUCUGUCGACAUUCGAUGAUUAUUGGGUGAUUUGACGUUCGAUGAUUUGACGACAUUCGAUGAUUGUUAGAUGAUUUGAAGACGUUCGAUAAUUGUUAAAUGAUUUGUCCACGUUCGAUGAUUUGACGACAUUCGAUGAUUGUUGGAUGAUUUGACGACGUUCGAUGAUUUGAGGACAUUCGAUGAUAUGGAUGAUAUUUACGAUGACGACCCCCUGGGGCUGCUGGCGGAGUUUAAGAAGGGACGGUACAUGUCUUUCAGUAUCGACAGCAGUAACCUGUACCUGAAUGAGAUCCCGGAGGGGGAAUACAGCGACGUGCUUACCAAAUAUUCACCACAAAAUGGAACCAAUACAGACUUCAGAUCGACCGAGAGCUCGGACCAUUUUGACGAAAGUCAGAGUGGCGAGGAGCUAGACCGCAUCACACCUAUGGUAGAAAUGGGUAAUGGUGAAAGCAUGCACAAUAAUCACAGAGGAUUCGAUCUCAGGACAUCAGUAGCCAUGCCGAUGCGUCUACCCAUGCCCGACCCCCAUGAACUGGAGAAGAGGUUCACUAAAGUACUGGCCUCUAUGGACCUGCCCCCAGACAAGGCUAAAGUACUGAAGGGUUACGACGAUGAGAAGAAAUGGGACUUGAUUUGUGAUCAGGAGCGGGUCCAUGCUAAAGACCCCCCUCACGUUUACCUGGACAGACUGCGGACCUAUCUAGAUCCUCGUAACAGCCGGGGGUCGCGAGUGCUAAUGGGAGCGUGUGUCUAUCCGGACAAAAAGAAAAACCUGAAUGACAUAUCAUCUACCCAGGUGCUGAGGGAUUUAGAAAUCUCGCUUCGUACGAACCACAUAGAAUGGGUCAGAGAAUUUCUGAGCGAGGACAACCAGGGUCUCGACGUUCUGGUGGAUUACCUGUCUUAUACUCAGGUGGUCAUGAGAAAAGAGCAGCUAUUGAACAAAGAGAAGAGUACCAGUUUAGAUGGUCUAGUCAAAAGUCCAGCCAGGAAGUUAAAGCGUUCCAACACGAUAGGGUCCCCACGCCACACCAAGAUGUCCAAACUCAACAUGGGGGAGGCCAGGGACGACGUCCACGUCUGUAUCAUGUGUCUACGGGCAAUAAUGAACCAUCAGUAUGGUUUUAACCUUGUGAUAGCUCAUAGACACGCCAUUAACUGUAUAGCCCUGAGUCUAAAUCACCACAGUCUCAGGACUAAAGCCCUGGUGCUGGAACUCUUAGCGGCCGUCUGUCUAGUCAGCGGGGGACACGAAAUCAUCCUCUCAGCCUUCGACAAUUUUAAAGAAGUUUGUGGGGAAAGGCAUCGGUUUGAAACAUUAAUGGAUUAUUUUCGCAAUUAUGAAGAAUUCCAUAUAGACUUUAUGGUUGCAUGUAUGCAGUUUGUUAAUAUUGUGGUACAUUCAGUGGAAAAUAUGAACUUUCGUGUACAUUUACAAUAUGAAUUCACUCAGAUUGGAUUAGAUGAUUAUUUAAAUAAACUGCGACACACGGAGAGUGAUCGACUCUCGGUUCAGGUUCACGCGUACGUGGACAACAUGAUCGAGGUCGCUCAGCUACUGGAGGACUCGGAGCUCAAAACCGAGGCCAUCGAGCGAGCCGAGGAUCUCGAGGAGGAACUAUCUCGGGAGAGAGAACACCUUCAGGAAAUGGAGGAAGAAUCGAUGGCAAAAUCAUUGGAGUUAGAAAAGCAAUUAUCAGAUGCCACACAGAAAGUGGAGGAAUUAGAGGAGUAUUUAGGUCAACAAGACAAAGAAAUGAACACGUUACGUCAGAUGAUUACGGAGAAAGACGAGGAAUCGGCCAAACGACUGAGUAUGUAUGAGGCCAAGCUACGGGAAAUGGAAACCAUGAGGAAUAACCUCACUACCUCUGGUACAGUGUCUACGACUUUAGAUGAGCUUCCUCCUCCCCCUCCCCCACCACCACCUGUGGUGGCACCACCUCCACCCCCACCCCCUCCUGCACCAGGAAUGCCUCCCCCACCACCCCCACCCCCUGGAGCGCCCGGGGCACCACCCCCACCUGCAGGACCAGGUGCUAUGACAAUUAAACGGAAAAUACAGACAAAGUACAGACUUCCUAUGUUGAACUGGACCCCCCUGAAGCCCCAGCAGGUUAAGGGGACAGUGUUUUCAGACCUUGAUGAUGAUAAGCUCCUCAGUGUUAUAGACUUUGUGGAAUUCGAGGAAACAUUUAAACUCGGUGCUGGAUUAAUUGGGGCUGAGGACAUGAAAGGGGAGACUAUAAGGAAAAAGAAAGCGGAGAGCGUCAGUCUCAUGGAACCCAACAGGCUCAGGAAUGUGGCAAUCACCAGGAGGAAACUAGAACUCAGAAAUGAAGAAGUUUGUCGAGCCAUUAAUGCGAUCGACCUGAAGACCCUGUCUCUAGAUAUGGCAGAUAUCCUCCUCACCAUUCUUCCCAAUGAUGCUGAGAUGAAAGCGUACAAGCAAUACGAGAAAGAUAGACGACCGUUAGACAGAUUGUCAGACGAGGAUAGGUUCAUGUUACAGUUGUCCAAGAUAGAGAGAUUGUCACAAAAGUUACACAUCAUGAGUUUCAUUGGAAAUUUCAAUGAAAAUGUUCAUCAUUUAGCUCCACAAGUCAAUGCAAUCAUUGCUGCUUCCAUGUCAUUAAGAAGUUCCACAAAAGUCAGGAAAAUGUUAGAGAUAAUUUUAGCCAUAGGGAAUUACAUGAACAGUGCCAAGAGAGGGGCGGUGUACGGCUUUAAACUUCAGAGUCUGGACAUGCUGAUGGACACGAAGACCAAAGACAAGACCUUCUCAUUAAUGCACUUCCUGGUGCAGACAGUUCAGACCAAAUUCCCAGAGAUUUUAAAUUUCGACUCAGAGCUCCGUUUUAUAGAAAAAGCCGCAGUGGUUUCUAUGGAGAACAUAAUCACUGACUACAAGGAUCUGGAGAAGGGAAUGCAGAUGACCCAGAAAGAGUAUGAGGCACGGAAACACAGCAGAGACGCCCCUCCUGUCCUGAAAGAGUUCCUCACGAACUCCGAGGACAGGCUUAAAAAACUACAGGCCGACAUCAAAACAGCCGAGGAUGCCUACAAGAGAGUGGUGGAGUUUUUCGGAGAGAACCCCCGCACGUGUUCUCCAACUUCCUUCUUCUCACAGUUUGUCAGAUUUGUUGGAGCAUUCAAAGCUGCUGUGGCAGAACUAGAGAAGAGGAAGAAACUGGAAUACGCACAGAUGGAAGAGGAGCAGGAACAGAUCAAGAAUAAAAAGAAAGACUUCAAAAAGAACGCCCAGAGAAUUAUUUUUGAAGAGAAGGUAAUGUAUCUGGGAUGGACUCUGUUGUUAAGCAUGACGUGUAGUUACAGCUUAUACACUGUGCAGAUUAAAUACAAUACAUAAAUCUGCUAACAUAGAGGGCAUAACAGAACUUAAAUGUAUAUAAACAAUGUCAGUGUU